AUGAAAUCACAUUAUGGUCAUUUAAAUCGUGAUAAUAUUCAUCCGCUAUAUCAUGGACAACAACAAAUAAUACCACCAAACUUUGUCACAAGAGACAGAGAUAAGAUGUGUCCUAUUCUACUACGUACAUUCAUUAGAGAGAAUCAAUUUCAUAGCCCAUCAGAGUUUAAAUCGAGAUCUAUAGUACCUGAAAAUGAUGAAAUACAAUUAUAUGUUUGGAAGAAUACAACAUUAAAAGAUAUUUCAGAUUUAAUUAAAGAAGUACAUCUACCAGCAAGAGACAAGAAUACAAAGUUUACAUUUGCAUUUAUAUAUCAAGAUGAAAAAGGAACCUUUGCUAUUUCACCACCAUUAGCAACCGUUCAAGAGCUUAAAAAGUGUGAAGAUGACUUUAAGACACUCGAGACAUUGAAUUACUCAUAUCAAUUUUUAGCAGUAUCAUUUGAUAACCCAAACAAUAAUAACAAUAGUAGUAAUAAUAAUAACUUUAAAAAAGAAGAAGAAAAAGAUAAUAAUAAUAAUGAUAAAAGUAUAUCAGAAUAA